GCAGGGUGGUAGCUAAGCCAGGCGCGCUACUGGCGCACUUUCCAACUUGUGGCUUUGCGCGAGGGCUCCGGCGGCGCUUCCCGAAUGAGCAUGUGUCAUAUUGUGCAGCUCCGGGCGCUCACUCCGAUCACGUCUUAGGUUCUACCUGCCGUGUGACUUGGCGCACUUUAAUCCUUCUGAAGAGGGAGCUGGAAGGGAACGGCUUUGUAAAGCUCGACAACUACUAGCCCCGCACCAUUUUUCUUCUUUUUUUGGCUUUUUGUGUUUUGAAUACAAGCGUUGUAGUCAUGAGUAAAUCGAGCUCAAAAUUCAAGAAGAUAUUUCAUAAAAGCAAAUCGACGGAGCCCGAAAAGGAAGAAGAUGACAGGCACUCUGUGAGAAAGCAGUCGAACGUCUCUGAAGAUGCGGAGCCGUCGAGCCCACAUGGGGCAAAGAAAAAGUCCUUUGGUUCGUGGCGCAAAAAGAAGACUCACAGUGAACCGACGUCCCCAACAUCCAUAGCGAAUUUGGAGAAUGUUAGCAUAUCACCAGAACACAGUGAACGGCUAUCUUCAAGAGAUUUAGAAUGGGAUGUGGACUUAACAAAUCCCACCUCUCCCACAUCAAACAAGUCAAAGAAGAAUCGAUCUUCAUCUGAUGAAAAACCUAAAGUUUUUGAAAGAUUUGGCAACUUCUUUGGAUCAGGAAGAAAAAAAAAGAGCAAGGGUUCUUCUGAUGGCUUCUCUGAAGAGAAUACUUCAAGUACUGAGCCUGCAGUCCUUGGGCAGAAGAAUGAAAAGUCAUCUAUACCUGACGAUUUAAGCUAUGAGCAAGAGUUUCCAGUGCUGUCAGUGUCAUCUUCAGGUGAAGCUGGUGCAAAGGAUCAUCAAGUUAAACAGUCUGUCGAAGUAUUACAGGUCACAGAAUUAAAAGGAAACACCAUUGACAAAAGCACACUUAGCAGUUCUACUCCAGUCACUUCAUUUUUUCAGGAAAACGCAUCUUUUUUGUUAGAGCAACCUGAGACCCAUGGAACAAUCCUCACAAGUCUACAAAAGGCUGGAGAAAACACAACAGUUGAGAAGAACGUGAAACAUAUUCGGACAUUGCCUGUCAGGCUUGGAUCUGCUUCUGAUUCUGAUUCAGAAAAGACAAAUUGUUCGCCAAAGAGACUUCAUGUUUUUGUAGAAGAGACAAGUAUAAGUAGCAGCACAGAAAGCUUAAGGGGUCAAAUUGGAGAAAAUGCAGUAACUAAGGAGUUUGAUAAAGGAUCCACUUUAGAAUCUGACCUCCAGAAAUUUAAAACUACAGCAGAGUCUGGAUUUUCAGAGCUGUGUGUAGCUAAGCAAUUGUCUGCACCAGAGCAAUUAGCUGAUCUUCAACAUAUAGACAAAGCACCAUUAGAUAGCCAUUGUUUGAAAAGUGACAUCACUCAGUCUAAUGAGCAAGACACUGUUCAUUUUGCUCACUCCUUUGGAUACAAUGAACAACUGCAACAGGGCUGUAUAGAUUCUUCAGAAAUAAAGUUAAAAAAAGAAGCAAGACAAGUACUCACUGUGGAGGUAUUCCUGCAGCCUGAUAACGAGAGUGUCCCAAUUGAGGAGAGUUGUACUGCUGAACAAGCAGAAAUGGGCAAAAAAGGAUUAAAUGACAAAAACAGGCGAAGUGAGAAACGAGGUUCCAUAAAACACCAGGAAAACCAACAGUCUACUCAGGGAAAAACAGAUACAAUACCACAGUCUGUGGGCAAUGAUGUUGAACCUGCUGCACAGGCACCUGAAGUAGAAAAUGGCACGUUAUCUGCUAUAGAAAUAGAGAUGGGAAUUAACGGAAAUGAAUCACGAGAAAUAAUGGGUCAGCAGCUUCCAGAACAAAAGCUAGAAUUACAAAGUGAAGACAGUUGUUUCCCCACAGCGUCAGCUUCAAUGAAUAGCUUAGCCCAGCAGAAUGAAUUGGCUAUCUUGGCUGUUCACUCUGAAGCUGAGCCUCAGGGUGACACACCUGUAUCUACAACAAAUAGUAUGCAGGGAAGUAAAGUAAACACAGGCACACAUCAGGAAGAGUGUCAGACUUCCGUCACAGUAGAACUUCAGUGCCGUAAAGGAGAACCUUCAAAACAGACCUUGGAAUGCUCCACAUUCUCAUUUAAUGCUCCACAAGGGGAUGAGAUCAUCUGUGGAAAAGAUGGCGAUCUACAGCUUCAUGGUUAUCAAAUUGAACAUAAAAAUAUCAGAAAGGAUUCCAGUGAAAGUCAUAUGAAAGGAGUAGCCAAAGCACAUGUGUCUUCACAGAAGUCUGAAAUAAAAAUACAAAUAGAACAACAGCAUCAUCAAGCAUCAUCAUCACAGCCAGAUAAGCACAGUAGUGUUGCUGACAGAAUCAGCUUAUUUGAAAACAAAGUAACCAGCUCACAAAAAAUAGAUUUUCUUGUCACAAAGAGCAUCCCCUGUACUUCAAAACAGUCAAAAAAAUUUACAGGUAGAGCAACUUUGAAGAUAAACAGUAGUACUGAGAAUAAUGAGAUGGAUUCAAAAACGCCUAUUGCAAAGGUUCCUGAAACAACUGAUUUUUCUGUUUUUGAAGAGAAUUGCCAAGAAGCAUUUGCUUCACAAUCAGAAAAGAUAAGUAGUAGACAUUUUCAGACGCACAAACAAUCCGUAUCAGAUGUUCAGUUACAAUCUAUAACCUUAAAAUCAACAAAAGAUACAAAGAUAAGCAGGACACUCGGCAAUAGCUCAGAGUCUUCUCAGCAUGAUGAGACAUCUGAAUUGAGCUCACCCCAGGAUACCACAAAUGAUGGCUUGAAGAAGAGACCUGAACCAAGGGAAAAUGCAGAUUGUGGGUUAAAAGAAACAAUGGUUCCUACAUCUAGCAAAGAAACUAAACACUCUGUAGCCAAUGAUGAAAUUGCUGCAUCUCAUGUUUCAAAAACUGCUACUUCUAAAGGUCAGUUAUCAGCAACACAUCAGGGUGUGACUACAGCAAAUGAAAGCAUGAAACCAAAGAAGACUGAGGAUGAUGUGAUAAUAACUUUGAAAAGCAGUGACAUGCCGCCAUCCUUGCAGCCUGAACAAAUAACAGAGUUUGUUUCAGCAAUGGAAGGGGCAAUUAACCAGUCACAGAUGAAAAGUAAUAAUUCAGAAGAAAAUUCUGUUGUUGUGAUUCAAGGUUUGGAGGACCCCCUUAACAGGUUGCCAGUAGUGCAUAAGGUUCCUGAGGAACAGGUUGAUGGAACACCAAUACCAUCAAAUGAACAGACAUGUUGGUCUUCCUCUCCGAUUUCCACAGCAAAACCGUCAGAUGACACUAAAGUACCAAAUACAACAGAUUUGCCUGGGACUUUGACAACAAAUAUUGAAUUAAAACCAGAAGCAAGUACAAUGCAUUCUCCAUUACCCAAUUGUAGAGUGGAUAGCUCAACUGAAGAAAAAACAGAACUUACUAAAUCGGGAACAACUAAAAAAAAGACCAUUAACAAAAUUACAAAGGUUACAAGUGAAUCACCUAAAUCUGGACCAAAACGUGCAGUUAAGGAACCAGUUAAUCUUUCACCAACAGGAAGCAAGCUGCCUAGACCAAUUGGUAAAGGCAUCACUAGGCAAAUCUCAAAUGAUGCAGUAGAAGUCACUGGUGAACAGCAAACUACAAUGGAGAAUUCAGAAGGCAACAUUCACCAACAAAAUAGUGAGUCUACUGCAUCAGCAGAUCAAAACACCACAAAACUUCAAACAGAAAGCACAAAGGCUCUGUGUGAAUCACCUACCUCUCCCAGUAAACUGCCUAGGCCCGUUCAGAAGAAUAUUUUUAGGCAGGUAUCAAAUGAAGGUUCAGAAAAUGUGGCUGAACCAUUGGCAUCACCUCAAAAGACGGUUCCAGAUAAAAAAGGUAACAUUUCUUUUCAUGGAACAAAAGAAACGGUUGCACCUGCACAACGGAGUCCCACCAGCAUUUCACAAACAGAUAAAAAGAAGAGCAUUGUAUCUAAAAAAGAAAGGACCAAAGAGCAACCAGCAUUUAAUAUAAAAAGUGAUAAGUCACCAUCUGCAGUAAAAUGUGCCACUGGAAAACACUUGGAAAUAGAGGAAAAAAGCUGUGUUAUUUUAAUACAACAGGGUUCAGUUAAGGAUCAUGUAACAGACAAUGGAGAAAAAGUGGUAUACACUUUAACAAAAACUGACUGUGAACCUGUUAGCCAAGAGCUACCAAAGAGUCCUACCAUGGAAAAUGAAAACACUGUGAUUAAAUCAUUGAUUUGCAGUGCUGCAAAAACAAAAUCUGACAAUGUGGGACAGCCCGAGCUGACUACAGUCAUACAAGUUACUGAGGUGAAAACUGAGAUGGAAAGCAACAUGUUACAAGACACAAAGUCUAUGCAGAUGAUUGGUGAUGCUCUUCCAUCAAAAGGGCAACAUUCUCUCCAAGAAAAUAAAUGUGAAAGUAAGAAAGAAAAGGAAAUCAGCAAGGUGAACUGUGAACACUCUGAGAGCUACCAUGAAUGUACAGAAAAGGAACCCAAGAAUGUUGCUAUUAAGGAUGGUGUUAGAUCACCUUCUAAUUCACGGCCUCAAAAGAAGGAAAGUAACAAAAAGUCAAUGAAUGUAGUUGCUUUUGUAGAAGAGUGUGAUAGUUCUGAAAAGGUCACUGUGUUGCCUUCAAAUGCAACUUUACUAGCUGAGGAAUGUAGCAAUGUAUCUUUCAAUGGUAAACUUCAGACAGAAACACUAAAUGGAAAAGAACCACAACCACAGCACACUGUCAUUAAGGAUGAAGAUAUCUUGAAUAAUUCUUUACAGUGCAAUCAUGCCAAAAUAAAUACUGAGAAUACAGGUCAAUCAGUAACAAUUUCAGAUGCUGUCUUUAAUACUGCUAAAACUGAACUGGGAAAAAAGACAUUGCAAGGUGGAAGUUCUAGGCAGAUGGAAAGUGCCUCUGUUCCUGCCAUAGUUCAUCUUACUACCCAAACAGAAGAACUUGAAACAAAGGGAGACAGGGGCAUUAGUAGUGUGAAAGAUUUGCCACGAUUCUGCAAUGUCCAAGUAGAGCAGCCAUUAGAGAAUAAUGUCAUCCUGCAGGUUGUGGCGUCAUCUUUACCUGUACAAAUAAGCAAGGAGAAAACGUAUGGUGAGUCUGUGAAAUCAGAGACUUUUAUAGAACAAUUACAUGAAUCUGAAACAGCAAAGGACAUUUUGAAGAGCGAGUCCAACUUUGAAAGCAACAAGCUCGGCACAGAACAACCAGAGCAUAUUAGUGUAUACAUAACGAGUGAAUUAACUUCAGCUGCACAUGGGGGUGCUACAGAUUUGAAAGGAAAAGUAAACGAAGCAGAAUUGCAAAAAAGUGCUACAUUUAAAGAGAAAAACUUUGAAUUGGAAAUGAAAACGCAUCACACAUUGAAAUUAGACCAGUUUGAAAAUAAGAGGAACAAUGUAGCCAGUAUGGUGGAAGAUGUUUUUCCCAAAAGUCAUAUCAGUGCUUCAUUAGGACUAUCAGACAAUAAUGAGAAAGAGAGAAUAACUGAGUUACCUUCAGAUAAUCAGUUAUGUGCUCAAGAAAGAAAAAAUGAUUCAGUGGUAGCUGAAAUAUUAUUAGAAGGGAAAAGUAAAGUAGUGGCACAAGAAAUGUCAUCAUUAAAACAGGUCCAUAUUGAAUCACAAACACCGAAAAAACAACAAGAAGCUUUGAGCAUUUUGGAGGCAGAGCAGAUUAUAAUCAGUGUAGAUUCAGUAGGUAAUUUGGCAAAUAAAAUGUGUCUCAAAAGUGAUAACAGUACAUUGGAAGAAUUAUCUGAAGGUAGCAGCCUUCACAGUGUCACUGAUUUAACUUCAGAUUCACGAUUGGGUUCUGAGAACUGUAAUAUGCCUUUAAAUAUACAAACUGUUACUGAAAGACUAACUGAAACAAAAAAUAGCAAUCAUGGAACUGCAGCUUCUAAUGUAUUAGAAUCAGGGAAGUUAGAAACAAAUACAGUAAAAGACUCUAACUAUGCUUCUUCCUUGGGAGGAAUAUUAAGUAAUGACAGUGGCUUAUCUUCAGCUACCCCACUAAGUGUGGAGCAAAACAGCAGUAGUUUUAAAAACACAAGCAGUUUCAUAGAAAAGCAAAAUAUAACUGACUUGAAAGGAAAGGUCAUGUCCGAACAAGGCGAAUUUAAUUUAGAAAAGAUACAGAAUCAGACAGCAUCUUCUAAAACUUUGCAAGGCUCAACUCUUCAGAAGCUACAGAAACCAGUUGAAGAAACUAAUAAAAUCAAUAUGCAUUCUUCAAAUAAAGGUAUACAAAGUGGGCAGUAUUCUGAAAAAUCUGAAAAUUUCACUAUGAAAAAUGAUAAACUCAAAAAUCUACAUUCAGUAAAAGGCACAAUAGAACAGCCAGAAAAUGUAAAUGCAGUCCAUAAUGUUACAGGAACAAAACGUCCCUUCCCAUCUGAGACUCUGAGGCAGGGUGGUAAUAUAUUUGACAGCAGCAAUACACCUUCAGGGUGGUUAGAUCUGGAACAUAAAUUUGUGGAAAAAAAGCACACUAAAGCUAACAAGUUAGGUAGUUUUGAAACUGAGGACAGUGACAAUAUAUUAGACAAAUCUGAUGAUUUUGAAGAAUUUCUGAAAAACAUCAAAAACUGUGGAAGCCCGUUUUCCAUUCCCCAAAAGCAAAGAUGUUUGAGACCAACAGCACCCCCACCAUUUGCAUUGCCAUCUAUAAAAGAAGACCGGUUUGAAAAAGUAUUUGAUCCUAAUAGCUUUACUUUUGGCUUAGGAAAAACAGAACCAAAGGAGCCACCUCCAACAACUUUGUUUAAGAUGCAAAGUGCAGAGAUGAAAAGCAAACUUCUGCCAAAACGUGUAACAGCAGAACAGAGUGUGCUGUUUAAGUCACUACAGCCAUCAGGCAAAAAUUCGGAUGCUCAGGAUAUAAGCAGUACAACAUCCGAUGGGAUUUCUGCUGCUGGCAAUAAAAUAUCUCGUCUUGAGAAAAGCUCUGUUCUUUCAAGUCUGACGAAUCAUAAAGCAGUGCCACAGAAAAAUUCUUUUACAAAAAAUACAUCUAUUCAGAGCAGCAUAUCUUCCACCUCUGAAGGUCAGGCUGCAUGUAUUCUUAAUGGCGCAAAUAAAGUGUCUGAAAGCAUGCAAGAAGCCAUCCAAAACUCAGUUUUUAGUGAUGUUCUUGGCACAGGUGAUUUAGAACUAUCAAGACAAGCAUUUUCUGAAGUUAAACUCCCAGAAUAUAUGCAGAAAUAUGUUGAUCCAAACACUUCAGAUACAAACUUUUUUUCACAAAGUACCUUUCAGAUGCCUCAGUAUCCUAACAUGAGUACUGAUUUGGGAAUUAACAGUGGUGUUGAUACUAGCAAGGAAUUCUCGGUAUUCAGCAAACCUGGCCAGCUAAAUACCACUCCAUCAUUUUCAGGAAGCUCACUAUCACACUUUCAAAAUGUGGGUCCUAGAGUACAAAAGAGACCUGGAAAGGUUAUAAUAUAUGAUGGUCCGCAAUUCAAAGGAAAAGAAAUUAUGAUAUCUCAAGAUAUUGAAGAUGCAACAUCACUUAAAUUGUCUCCAAUAAUUUCUGUAAAAGUAGUAAGGGGAUGCUGGCUUUUCUUUGAAAAGCCACAUUUUCAAGGGCAGAUAAUAGCACUUGAAGAGGAGGAGCGGGAACUGAGGGACAUCUGGAAUGUUGUUGCUAUUGAACAGAAUGUUAGCCCAUAUAAAGAAGAAAUUCCAGUGGUCAUUGGGUCAGUUAAACUUGCAGUAAAGGAUUAUAAUCUGCCAGAAAUUAACUUGUUUACUGAAAUUGGAGGAUUAGGAAGAAAAACUACUCUUUAUGAUGAAUCAGUGGACACAUUUACUUAUGGAAUCCCGUUAAACACAUCUUCAAUAAGUGUCAAUUCUGGAAUAUGGUUUAUUUUUGCAGAGCCAGACUUCCAGGGGAUCCCAGCUAUUUUACUGCCUGGUACAUACCCAAAUCCAGAAUACUGGAAUUCCCAGCACUCUAUUGUGAGGUCACUGCGACCACUGAAAAUGGGUGGAUUGAAAGUAGAGCAUCCCACAGAGCCCAAGGCUAUUCUCUAUGAAAAACCAUUUUUUGAAGGAAAACAUCUUGAAGUUGGAAAUGACAUUUUCAGCUUUCAAGAGGAAGAUGUUAAUGAUGACGCUUCUACAACAUGUUCAGUUAGCAAUUUUGGAUCUGUGGGCUCAUUUAAAAUUCUGAGGGGCAUCUGGGUUGCCUAUGAGAAACCUGGAUUUGAAGGACCUCAGUACCUGCUGGAGGAGGGAGAGUAUAAGGACUGGAGUGACUGGGCAUGCUCUCCCAUUACCAUUCAGUCCUUAAGAACUACUCUAUCAGACUUUUUAGCUCCCCAUGUAAAGUUUUUCAGUGAGCCUGACUUUGGAGAUCAAGGUCUUAUAAUUGACAUAAUGGAACAAGUUGCAAAUUUUGACCUAACCAUGUAUGGUUCAAGGACACAGUCAAUUGAAGUCAUCGGUGGUGUAUGGGUUGCUUUUGAAAAGCCUAACUUUUCAGGACAAAGCUACAUCUUAGAAAAAGGAUUAUAUAGUAGCUGUGAAGACUGGGGUGCAACAAACUUUAAGAUAUCAUCUAUCCAGCCAGUGACACUAGAAAAUCCAUAUGGACUUAAGUCAAAGUUUAAGAUUCAGGUAUUCUCAGAACCACAUUUCCAAGGAGAAAGACAGAUUUUAGAAAGCAGUGCAAUGGUGAUGCCAGAAAACCUUACUGUAAAAUCUUGCAAGGUUUUGGCAGGCGGAUUUGUGGCUUAUGAUGAAGAACAUUUCAGAGGCAAUCAGUUUGUGAUAGAAGAAGGCAACUAUCCUAAUUUGACAUCAAUUGGCUUCCCAAGUCUUGACACACAUAUGCGAUCUUUACAAAUAAUAGGAUUUGAAUUUUCUCAACCAUCUAUUACUCUGUACUCCAAAAUAAACUUUAAAGGGAAGAAAUUGAUUUUCACUUCUGAAGUAGUGAAUUUGCAGUUGCUUGGUUAUGACCCCCAUAUAUUUUCACUUGAUGUUUUGGGAGGAUUAUGGGUUGUUUAUGACCAGUUUAACUACAAAGGACGACAAAUAUUGUUGGGUCCCCAUGAAAUAGCUGAUUGGCAUAAGUUUAGUGGAUGGCAUAAAAUUGCCUCUUUACGGCCACUUUUACAGAAACAAGUCUACUUUAAACUUCGAAACAGAAUGACUGGAACACUAAUGUCCAUCACUGGAGGACUGGAUGAUAUAAACUUAAUAAGAAUUCAAGCAGUGGAAGACACUGGAUUAGAUGAUCAAGUCUGGUGCUACAAAGAUGGUUUACUCAAAUCCAGAAUUGCUGAAGACUGCUGUGUGGAGACUACAGGGGCUAUCGUGAUAGCUGGUUGUCGACUUGGACUCUCUCUGGAGAUUGGAAAAGAGAACCAUUUUUGGACCAUCAGUCCUCAGGGAAUAAUCAGACUAAAAAUAAGGCCUGAGCUUGUACUGGAAGUUAAAGGUGGUCAUCAAUAUGAUACAAAUCAAGUUAUCCUGAACACUUUUGACGAAAACAAAUUGAACCAGAUUUGGGACAUGGAUAUCUUAUAGAGGGCAAACAUUAUAAAAUGUCUCAAGAAUGAGGAUUCAUCGGGUGUUCUAGUAAUUUUAGGUUUAAUGUGCCGAGUUAUAUUUAUAAAUCCAUAAUGGGAGGCCCCAAAUGUUUUUUAAAGAAAAGGUUUUUUUUUUUUAAUACUAAGAUUGCAGUUUUCAUAUUGAAAUAUAUUUUGCUAAAUUAAUCUCUUUUUGGCAUGCCACAAUUUUUCUUAAAAUGUAUGCACUAUAUGAAAAAUAUGUCUGUUUAGAAACUAUAUAUACACUGUACAGUAUAUAUAUAUUAUUUGUUUAAGUAUGACCAUACUUUUUU